GUACACACACUGGACACUUCCACUUGCUUCCUCCUCUGACACUUGACACUGAUCUCUCCCUCUCUCUUUCAGAGUUCCAUCUACUGCGCAGCACAAUCAUGGCAGCACCUUCUCCAAACGGAGUGCACGGAGGCUGUACGGGACCGAAGUUCAGCGAGGAAGGCAUCCCAGUCGUCGACCUCGGCGUCCUCGUCAACGGCGACGGCGACCAACGGGCCAGGGCGGUUCGGCACCUCGGCCGGGCGUGCCAAGAAUGGGGCUUCUUCAUGGUGAUCAACCACGGGGUGCCGGAGGCUCUGCGAGAAGCAGUGAUGGAAGCAUGUCAGGAGCUAUUCAGCCUGCCGACGGAGGACAAGGCCGAGCACAUGGACGGCAGCCCGAUGGACCCCGUGCGGGUCGGCACGGGCUUCGUCAACUCCGCCGUCGACGGCGCCAAGUUCUGGAGGGACUACGUGAAGAUGUUCGUCCACCCCGAUUUCCACUGCCCCGCGAAGCCUGCGAAGCUGCGGGACGUCGCGGCGGAGUACGCGGCGAGGACGAGGCAACUGAUGCUGGAGCUCACGGCGGCGAUCUCCGAGAGCCUGGGCCUCCGUGGAGACCGCAUUGCUGAGGCCCUGAAUCUGGCGUCUGGACUUCAGAUUCUCGUGGGGAACCGUUACCCGCCGCACGCUGGUGGCGGCCCGGAGGACGACGAUGGGCCGCCGCCGAUUGGGCUACCGGCCCACUCCGACCAUGGGCUCCUCACGCUGCUCUUCCAGAACGGUGUCGACGGCCUGCAGGUCCAUCAUGAUGGCCGCUGGCUCCUCGCCAAGCCCAUUCCUGGCUCCUUCUUCGUCAUCGCCGGCGAUCAGCUCGAGAUUGUGAGCAAUGGGAGGUACAAGGGCGUGCUCCACCGCGCGCGGGGCGGCGGGGAGCAGGCGAGGAUGUCGUUCGUGAGCCUGAUCGGGCCGUGCCUGGACGCCGUCGUCGAGCCGGUGCCGGACCUGGCAACGGAGGGCGCACGGGGCCUGGAGUUCAGGGGCAUCAAGUACAGAGACUACAUGGAGUACCAGCAGAGCAACGUGCUCCACGAGAAGGCGGCGCUGGACAUCGUCCGCGUGCACCGUGGCAUCGUUGCAGGCGAGGGCUCACCGGAUAAUUCUUCGGUUAAUUGAGAGACUGCUGUUUCAGGGCGACAGCUCAGUGAAGAGCUUCACAUCUGUUGAAUGCUUAUGCUUUGAUCUUGAUGGACUAUCUGUCCAUAGUGCAUACCAUGGGGCCGAACAGUUAAGUUAGUGCAGUAUACUUACUAAUUCGUGAAAAAAUCUCUACUACUGUUAUUCAGUCCAACGUUUGGGAAUACAGAGAUGGUCAGUAGGAUCGAAGAACCAAACAUGCUUACUGACUUCUAAAUAAGUGUCAGACUUUGCUAACUGCUUGGCCUCCCAAUUACAUUCUCUCCGUCGGUGGCCAAAUGCGGCCAUUGUUGUGUGUCGAAGUAUAAGUGGAUUACCUAUCUCCUUUCA